UCCCGGGCGCGGACUGCCGCGGUAAUUGGCUGGAUGUGGUACUUGGAGAUGUUGAGCUGGCUCCUUCCCCCCAUGUCCCUGCACACACACAGGGGCGGGUGGUGCGGGCGGGAGCGGGAGGCAGGGCUCAGCCCCGACGGUGGUGGGGCGCCCCCCACUCCCUGCCUGCCGACCGCCGUGUCCGAGCCGCUUCUGCUGCUGGGCUGCUGCCUGCGACCGCAGGACCCCGCCGAGCCGGGCCAAGGGGAGCGCGGGCGGCUGCUGGCGGCGGCCGAGAUGAUGGCGGAGGGCGGCGGCGGGCCGGCGCGGAGGAAGGCGCUGUCGCUGUUGGAGGCGGCCCGUUCCCGCUAUGAGAGCCUGCAGAUCUCCGACGACGUCUUCGGGGAGUCAGGCCAGGACAGCAGCGGGAACCCCUUCUACAGUACCUCGGCCGACUCCCGCUCCGCCGCCUCCUCCCAGGACGAGGACGACGACGAGGAGGACGAGGGGCGCCCGGAGGGGCUGAGCCCGCGGGGCAGGGCGGCCCGGCGCCGAGCGCCCCGGGCCGUGGCCACCCCGGCGGAGCGGCGGCGGCAGCGGCAGGGCGGCGGCUGUAGCAGCACUGUCCCGGGCGGCCCCGGCCCGAUGGAGGAGGAGGAGGAGGAAGCGGAGAAGGGGGGCUGGACCCGGUCGCUGCGAGACGUCCCACCCCCUCACUUCAAGGAUGGCAGCGGUCCAACCCGAAAAAUGCCCUUAACAGCCAGUGCCAUGGACUUUUUUCAGCUCUUUGUCCCUGACAAUGUACUAAAGAAUAUGGUGGUCCAAACCAACAUGUAUGCUAAGAAGUACCAGGAGAGGUUCGGUAGUGACGAUGCCUGGAUUGAUGUCACCUUGACGGAAAUGAAAGCCUUCUUAGGCUACAUGAUAUCAACCAGCAUCCACCACUGUGAGUCUGUUCUCAGCAUCUGGAGCAGCGGCUUCUACAGCAACAAGAGCAUUGCACUUAUCAUGACACAAACACGGUUUGAGAAGAUCCUGAAGUACUUCCAUAUUGUGGCCUUCCGUUCGAGCCAGACAACACAUGGCCUCUACAAAAUCCAGCCUUUUCUGGACUCUCUGCAGAGUGGCUUCGACUCUGCUUUUAGGCCUUCGCAAGCCCAGGUACUACAUGAACCCCUGAUUGAUGAAGAUCCUGUCUUCAUUGCCACUUGCACAGAGAGGGAGCUGCGCAAGAGGAAAAAGAGGAAAUUUAGUCUCUGGGUUCGGCAGUGCUCAUCCACUGGUUUCAUCUGCCAGAUUUAUGUCCAUCUCAAAGAAGGGAGUGGUGCUGACGGGCUGGAUGCUUUGAAGAACAAACCACAGCUUCACAGUAUGGUGGCCAAAAACCUUUGUCAGAAUGCCUCUGGGAAGAACUACAUCAUCUUCACAGGCCCAAGCAUUACCAGCCUGAAUCUCUUUGAAGAAUUUGAGAAGCAAGAGAUUUACUGCUGUGGGUUGCUGAGCACCAGGAAGAGUGACUGCACAGGCCUACCUCCAUCCAUGCUGAACAACCCUGAAACUCCCCAGUCCAGAGGACAGUACAGAAUAAGAAUGAAGGGAAACAUGUCCUUGAUCUGCUGGUAUAAUAAAGGGCACUUUCGUUUUCUGACCAAUGCCUAUUCACCAGUUCAACAAGGAGUUAUAAUUAAGAGAAAAAGUGGAGAAAUUCCAUGCCCAUUGGCAGUUGAAGCCUUUGCUGCUCACCUCAGCUAUAUCUGCAAAUACGAUGACAAAUACAGCAAGUAUUUCAUUUCUCACAAACCAAACAAGACCUGGCAGCAAGUAUUCUGGUUUGCCAUCAGCAUCGCUAUAAACAAUGCCUACAUCCUCUACAAAAUGUCAGAGGCCUACCAUGUGACGAGGUAUAGCCGCGCACAGUUUGGGGAAAGACUUGUAAAGGAGCUUCUGGGCUUGGACGACACCUCACCCUCCCAUUGAUGCAUUGCUUUUGGUGGCAUAGACAGGGACUGGAGGGUAAGCAGAAGAAGGUACUGCACCUGGAAUGACAAAGCAAGGAACUUGUGACACCACCAGUGCUGUCGUCCAAAAAUGCCAAGUGAUGCCACUAUAGAGGUGGAAACUGUUCUAGUAGGAGCCGGAUGUAAACAUGUCCUGCAGAAAGUGCCACUGAAAAGCUGACACAAAAUUGCAUAUGUGAAUGCCCUGUGGUAACCUGUACGCCAGAAACAGACUUGUAUGAGCUGUCAUCUCAAUACUAUGUGUUGAACAGAGUCAUCUUGUAAAGUUCCUCUUGGGCUAAGAGCUUGUCAUAACCUCAUGUAGCUCAGCAGUCCUAGGAGGGCGUUACGGAAGACUCUGUACCUUGCUUGGAGUUAUUAAAUUCUGGGACAAGUAAUGUAAGUCUGCACCAUGGGCUGGGGUGGGUAGUGUCUGCCAUCCUGUAAGGCAUGCUGCUGUCCUCCCAGUGUGCUAAAUGAAGCAGUUCAGAUACAUGAAGACAGAAGCAAGCAUAUUGACAAACACAACCUUCACAGGCAGGCAGCCAGGAAGUGAGGACCAGUUAAGACUUUUUCUUUCCUUUUAUGUUUUUUUUAAUGUUUUUUUCUAAUUAAUGUAAUGUAUGGCAAUUUGAUCCCAGUUAGAACGCAGCAAAAUUAGAAGAAACCAAAUAUCUUAAUGAAACUAAAAUGGAAAUACAUUUCAUUGAUUUUCUUUUUUAACCAGGAUGAGACAUUUUAUACAGUAUUACUCACUGUUUGUUUGUGUAAGUAUUAAACAGUGAGUAAACCAGUAAUACUGCCUCACAUCUUAACUGCCACAGUCUGUGUACAGGUGAGAAAUCAGAGUAUAUCUUGAUUUCAACUCUGUCUUAAAUGUUGCUUAAAAAUCUAAUGUAAUGGACUGUUAAGUUUUUAGGAACAGCAAUUUCUUUCUUUUCCUUGUGUAACUGUCAAGACUCUUUUUGGUCCAUUUUAGGACUUCAUUUGGCACAGAGUUGGCAGGAAAAAAUAAGUCACUAAUAGCAGUGUGUUUCCCAUUAUCACAGUGGGGUGGACUGUAGGAAUUCUUACUAGAAUUCAGGGCUUGUCACAGUAGUUGUGAUUAAGCAAAUUACAUGUUUAGCAAAAUAACAUGGCAUUGUGUUUUACAAAAAGGAAGUAGUCCAAUCGCAACCAGACCUUAAACCUUCCCAAAACAGAGCAAGCCCAAACAGUUCUCCUUUUCUGAGUAACACUGUAGAGGACAAGCAUAGUCGUAAGCUGGUGCCCAGGGCUGAAACACCGCAUUUUGGUGCUUGUGGAAUCUGAAGGCUGCUGAAGCCUUGAAAAAUAAUGCUGAGAGACAUAUGACUGAAACUGGGGAGAGUUAAUACUGAGGUGAAAUACUACCCUGCCACCCUCCACAUGUUAUUGAUUUCAGUCCACAACUCAAUCAGCAAAAAGCCCUGUAUUCCAAAGGUUAUCAGUAAUGGACACAAAAAAGAAUUGCAUUAACUUACAGGGUAA